GAGAGAGAGGGGUGGCGGAAAUUGUUAACUUCAUCGUCAUCCUAGAGAGAGAGAGAGAGAGAUUAGAGGCAGAUCAGUCUCCAGAAAACGUAGGGACUCUGACCUGACCUCAUUUCUGUUUAAAUAUUUCCAUAAAGCCGGUGAAAGGGCAAAUAAAAAAAGUUGUUCUUCCUCCUUUUUUGGGUCACAUCCAGGACUAGGAGGAGCAGCAGGAAAAUCGCAGGACCCAUCUCUGUUUUCUGUCGUCAGCACUGUUCCUGUUUCAGUCCUGUUACCGCUUGAGAGUCGGGCGAGGAAAGGACGAGAGAGAGAGAGAGAGAGAGAGAGAGAGCGCAAUGCGUUUCUGAUUCAUGUGACUCUGAGUUUUUGUUGGUUUCUGGGUCUGACCAGUCCUCCUAGCUUCCGGCUCUUCAGAAGAAGCAGAACCUACUCAUUAUAACCACGCUAUCUGCAAAAGGAAGGGCAAAAGAGAAAACCCAGCUUUUCCUCUCUUUGGCAGGUGGGGUUCUUCACCAAAAGAGAUGAGCCUGCAACACGUAAAAACUACCUUUAAUCACUUCACUGCCUCGCCAGGCAUCAAGUUUCCGUUGCCUCCUCCUCCUCAGAUGGUGAGUUUGGCAGUCGAGCUCGAGCCACUCAGAAGCAGGGCGGCGAAAAGGGCUUGUGGCGACGACAGAGAAGGGUUCGUCCUGAAGAAGGGCUUGGAUUUGAACAUGUGCGAGGACGAGGAAGAAGAAGCAGAGGAAGAGAUAGACACAGAAGAGCAGGAGCAAGAGGAGGAAGGGGGAGCGGCAGCAAAGAGCUCUGGUCCUGGAAGGAACAGUGGAAGAACCAAGGUCUGUGCAAGAGGGCAUUGGCGACCUGCCGAAGACGCCAAGCUCAAGGACCUCGUCGCCAAGUACGGCCCUCAAAAUUGGAACUUGAUCGCAGAGAACCUCCUAGGAAGAUCAGGGAAAAGUUGCAGGCUAAGGUGGUUCAACCAGCUCGACCCGAGGAUCAACAGGAGGCCCUUCAGCGCGGAAGAGGAGGACAGGCUCCUGGCUUCACACAAGCUAUACGGAAACAAAUGGGCCAUGAUCGCCCGGCUCUUCCCCGGCCGGACGGACAACGCUGUAAAGAACCACUGGCACGUGAUCGUCGCGAGGAAGCAGCGAGAGCAGUCCAACAGCGCCUGCGGUCGGAGGAGGAACCAUAAGCUCCUCCCUCACCUUCAGACCAGAGAGCUCAAUGACAUCGCGUCAGCGGCGAAGAUGAAUCGUGCGUGCAGCUACUCCACGACGAUGUCGAGCAACUUGGACUCCCCCGCCGUGUCGACGUGCACCGACCUCUCCCUCACACCUUCUUCGGCCAGAGCACCACCUCUUAUUUUCGCUCGGCCCUCGGAGUCCCGGAUGGGUUCGGCAGCUAAAAGGCCGGUAGCGAGGGUUGAAGCUGGGUCGUCCUUCAGCAGGCUCUGCACCAACAACAUCAGAGCAGGCGCUGAUAGCGACGAUCGUAACGACAACAGUCCGAGGACGCAAGGGACGGUCACCGUCGUUGAAGAAGCUGAUCACGGCGGAGCCUCGGACACGAACUCAGACGCCUCAGCGGGCGAGUCCACGGGCAUCGGCAAUCCCGGGAGUCUCUCGCCAGUGUCUGUCGAAACCGAGGAGAGUAGAACUGAAGACGACAAGAUCGACUUGCCCUUCAUCGACUUUCUCGGAGUUGGAGCUGCCUGAGCCUGGGGCUGAACCUACCUGGGGGUGGAUUCACCGAGCCGCGAGUUAAUUUAUUGAUAAGCAAUUAAUUUACUAAUUACUGUAGUAGUGAGCCUCAGGAGUUGCUAGCUACUGUUAUUUUCUGUCAGCAUGUCACGGCAUAAGGAAAAGAAAAAGUCACACGU